AUGGAGAUAAUCAGGUAAUAAUUUGAUCUUUGACUUUUAACCUCUGAGGACAUGUAUGUAUUUCCCAGUCAUUUUCCAACCAGAAUUAUUCUUUUCCCAUUCGCGGAAUACACACAUUGAACGCUUACUUUUGUAUCGAGUGCUGGUUACGACAACUGUAGCUCAGCCAGUCGACUGAAAAAUGGAUGGACUGAAAGAGCAUCUCUGUGGCCUAUCCCGAGAGGUGACCCUGGCUGUGUUACCCAGGCUGUAUAUGGAAGAGGUGGUUACAGAACUCAGGAGAAGGAACAUCAGUACAGACACCAGCACCACAGGAAACUGUAGGGAACAUCUGCUGAGGAUCCUGCAGGAUGUGAUGGAACAAGAGUACCACAGGGAGGGCGCGGGAGCAAGCUCCGAUCUGGACAUCCUCCAGAUGCCACAAGUAGGAACCACGCCUGGAUCCAGUCCACAAAACAGUACAACUGUCAUUAGUUUACCUUCACAUAGAACAGAAGGGACUAGUCGUAUAAACCCAUCUGUUUCGUGCAGUCUGUCAGACUUAGAAGAAGCAGACUCAAGCAUUGAGAGAGUGGAUCAAAGACAGCGUGCUGUUCAAAAAGACAGCAGAAGUGACGAGGGUAUGACAGCUGUUCCUGUCCGCGUUACUGUAAGUAACAACAUCGGCUGGAGCAUGUCAUCUAAAGAUGAUGAAACUGUUACAAACGUCACUGAAAAAGAUGCAAGUAGCGAGUUAGAUCCUGCAGUACAACAUGCUCAUUCCUGCGGGUUAAAACAGGAGCCGAUCGAUCAAAGCAGAGACUGUACAUCUGAAAACGAGAUUGACAGGUGUCAUGAUUGUAUAGAAAAUAGUUCCCGUCGCGAGCCCGCCCUUCCCACUGUCAUGGCGGAAGAUCUGCUGGCGUCAUUCGGAAAUGUUUUAGAACAGGGCCAAAGUGAGAACAUGGUGUACGGCGUCCUUCACGAGCUAGUGAAACAGGUGGCGGAAAAUAGGAGAGCGAUUCAAGAACUCCGCGACCAACAGCAGCAGAGAGUUCAUGAACCCAGCAUGUCCGGCGGCCAGGGGGAGGGGGAAGAGGAGAAUGGGAGUCGUAGAAAACGACGCAAAACGGCACACAACUCCAAGGUGCCCGAUAGGUGUAGAGUUGACUUGAGGAAGGUGUACAAAACUCUUCUGGAGGGUGACAAUGAUUUUAACGGAUUCAACUUGAAUGAAGCACUGACCUCACGGUACAACCAGCGAGUACUGCAGACCCUUCACUUGGAAAUCGCCAAAGAGUACGGUGGCGAACAGAAAUGUCCCUUUUCACCAAUGGAAGUGAAAGAUGCUGCCAAACGUUACUACAGAUCCCAGAAGGACGACAGAUUGCGCCGAGACAAGGGAAAACUCACCGCACACAGGAACGCUAUGAGGAAGGAACAACGUCUAAUGCAGAAGGUGCAUCGCCGGAGGAGAGCCUUAGAAAAGUGCCGGGACUCUUGGACAGACAGGACCAAAAAGAUGGCAACCGAGAUUCUGGCCAAGCAGUACCAAUCCUCGGAGUCGAGCGGAGACGAGUACCAUGACCCCCCGCGGUUCACCGUGAGGCGCCUCCCCUGGGAGUCGGAGGCCCUGCGGAAACUGAAGGACUCGUUGGAUAAGGUUUGCCCACAGAGGGGUUCCACUAGGGUACUGUCUGAUGAGCUGUCGGAGAGGACAGUACCCGAAGGGACCCCACCAUGGGCGGUGAAGGGACUCUACCAGGGGGACUUGGAUGAAUGUAUGUCGGACAGUCUGGAAGACUAAAAAACACUGCACCAUUUUCUUUCCUUGUGUAGUAUGCGAGCACUGUCUUAUAUGUCUUAUGAAGAACAGUAUUCAAAGACAGCCCACAAUUGGGCAGUGAAGGGGCUCUACCAAGGGGACUUGGAUGAAUGUAUGUCGGACAGUCUGGAAGACUAGAAACACCACACAAAUUUAAGUGGUUGCUGUCUUAUGACCAGCCCAGGUUAGUCUGUCUUUUAAAGGACAUUACUCAAGGACAAUAGUCAAAAACUCUUCCACAUGACCUUUGAAGAUGUUGUACCAAGGGGACUUGGAUGAAAGUAUGUCCGACAGUCUGGAAGACUAAAAACACCACACAAAUUUCUUUUAUUGUUUAACAAGGGGUUGCUGUCACAUUGAUUUUAUUUUUGAAACUAGUUAUCUUUCUAUUACCAG